GAGCAUCGAGAGCCAUUUUUCGACUUUCGAAAUAAUCGGCGAUUGGGUAACGCUCCCGUAAUCGAUUACGAGUCAAUAAGUCCCGGGACCGAGUAAAUCGUCAGUCAUUGCAUGAUAGCAAAUUUAUCGUAGUUUGUAAAUUCUCAAUAUGCAAUUCGCUAGAUCAUUAGCAUUAAGUAGCCUCAUUACCAUCUGAUUAUUCAGUAAAUCUGCAUUUAAUAAACUGGAUUAAACAUGUGAUCCGAAAUGACUCGAUCGCUAAAAAUACGAUUAACCGAUCAGACCACCGCAAUCUAUUUUUAUUCCGAAUUUACCUGAAUCUAGUGUCAUCAGCGCAGGGAAGACAACAGUUCGGACACACGCUGGGGCAUAAUUCCAUACUCGCGAAUUUAAUCCACAACCUGACUCCAUUAACAUUCCAUCAAGCCCGUCAAUUAGUGAAAACAAUGCAGACACUCUCUAGAUGUCUUCUAUGGCUGUUGCUGGUGACAACUGCCAAGACGUCUAUUAUACCACCACCCUGGGCCAAUCCCCUGAGUAAUCCAUGUGCUGCGCAACCGAGAGGAUGGCAAUUACUCUAUUGGCCGGAUGACGGAAAAUGUUACAAGAUUUUUCAGAUCGGCGCACCCUGUCCGGAAACCAUGGAAUUGGGUCCUGCCGCAAAAAGUGGAGGGGUGAUCGCAGAAUGUAGAUGUCCACCAGGAACUGCCCAGUCCGCCCGCGACGCUCUAUGCCAUCCCAUAUUCACGAGAGCCUCGUGUCCUAAGGGGCAGUACUUCGCACCGGUCCCCGAGUCCCUCAACACCCCAGGGAGUAAGAGCCGAUGGGGAUACUGUCGAGAGCCAGACACCUGCGCCCGCCGUGGACAAUUGUUUUAUCCCCGCGACGGCAAGUGUUACGACAGACUGACCCGUGGCCCUUGCUCCAAGGGUCAGCUCUUGACCCUGAAUGAGAACAACCUGGCGGUCUGUUCCUGCGGGAGUGAAGGUGAAUUGGGGAUGUUUCGGUGGGAGGGGGAGACGCCAGGAUGCUACGAGCAUUACACAAGAGGGCCCUGCAGUGAACCUGGCGAGAUAUUCUUGCCAGGGAAGGUGUGCGGAUGCAGUCAGGAUCUACCGCAUUAUCACGAGGAGACGCAGAGAUGCUAUCCAUUAGGUGAAAGAGGGCCGUGUCCCCCAGGCCAGCACUUCACAAUUCCCCGCUUCGAAACCCCCACAGACGAAGAGAUUCACGGAAUAUGUGAGUGCAAACCCAAUCACGUUGAAUAUCAGGACGGUUCGUGCUACAGACUGCACACACGUGGACCCUGUGCCCCAGGAGAAAUGCUGCUAAACUCAACGACAUGUAUCCCCGUCCCCUGCAAACGUGGACGACUGUAUUUCCCUCGAGAACGAACUUGCUACAAGAUAGGAUCAAAGGGCCCUUGCCCAACAGAUCAAGUAGUCCUGUACGACUAUUCAGUGCGUCCCUCGAUCGAUGGGAUAAGCUACAACGGAAUCUGUGGUUAUAUAACCGCCCAGGGACCGUAUGAAAGCAGGCAGGUGGAUGAAAACUCAUGUGAGAAAUCCCCAGGGAUGUUUCUCAUCAACAAAACGUGUUACAAAUUAUAUACCCAGGGCCCCUGUGGCCAGGGGGAGUGGCUGGUGGCGAGAAGACGACCUAGAAUUGACGACAACACGUGGAACAGAGAGGACUCCAUCAACAAGGUCAGAUGCGAAUGCAGACCUGGGUACACGAGGACAACUGAACAUCAAACAGACAAUUAUCAAACCCCAGACAUUGAAACUAACGUUUUGAGCUCGUUGGGAUCAUGUCAGCCACCUGCUGUCAGACUUGCUAAAUUUCUCAACGAUAAAAUCAAGAUUAUAAGAUAGUUUUUCUGGUUAAAGACGAGCUGACACGUGACAAUGAGAGGACGAAAUCUACAAGGUCAAAUGCGAGUGAAAGUCUGGAGGAACACAUUAAGUUCAUCCCCCAGAUAAUAUCGAUUUUUCCCGACGAAUUGAUGAACAAAUCUCAUUCUGUGAUUUAUCGAGAUUUUUUACGAAGACUACAACGCAGUUCUUACUUGUAAACAAAAGUAUUCCCAUAGGGUUAGGCCGAUAUUUAUUGUUAUUGAUAUUUUUUUAGUGUGAAGAUGUAAAUAGAGAUGAUGUAAAUACAUUUUUCGAGGUAUUUAGUUAUAAUUUUGAUAUAGGUUUGGAAUUUUUGUACUCACUGGUACUUGUGCUGGACAUCUCGCAGUUGCUGUUCAGUGACUAUCGUUUGUUGCUCCUUAGAGAUUAUCUCACGCUCUAGAGCUGCGAUUCGUUCGGUUUUAUUGUCUAAUUCCAUCUGAGGAUGAGUUGAACCAUUGGUAAUUCAUGAAAAUUUAUUGACAAUGAAAGAAAUUGAAUAAACAAACAAACGCUACUCACUUAAAAGAAUAUUUAACAUUGAAAAAAAUAUAUGGCAUUAAAUAAAUGAGUGAACGGUA